AAAUGGCAAGGACUGGCUUUGCCUGCACUGACAAGCGUUUGUUUUCUUCUCAGUGACCUGGUACCUUUUGAAAACUUGGAACACAAAGGAGCAGAUGGAGUAAAGUUUUCCGAAAAUAGUGAUAGUCUGCACAACAGCUUUCACGGUUGCGGUUUACGAGAGUUGGUCUUUUCGCCUCUCUCGAAUCGAUGGCUCGUAAUCCCAGAACGAGUGUUUCCACGGAUAUUUAUCCGCGGUAUCCGGCUCCGAUGCAACCUGCUUAGGACGAGAGUUAGAAGCGCUCGGCAUGGUCAUGGUGGCCAGACGAUCUUAUGUUGUGGAAACUGUGGCCAACCGGAUAGGUUGGUGCAUAUGUUGCAAUCCUGCUGGAUCACGCAUGAUACCAGAUGUGCUCGUCAUAAUCGGGUUGCAAGGGAACUUGCGAAACGUCCUCGUCGACUGGGGUACACCGUCCUCGAGGAGUUGAGAGCCCCUACUUCUACGUCGUUCAUCAAACCUGACCUAAUCGCUGUUCGAGAUCGCCGUGCAACUGUAACAGACGUCAGCAUAGUCUCGGAGGCGCGUGGAGUGGCUGUGUGGAAUGAGGAGAAGCAGAAAGGUAUCUGCUUUCCUCAGUCCACCAAGGCUGUUCCUAGACUUGGUCUUCCUAAGGUAGCAACCCAGUAUCACGGACAAUUUGUGCCUGAUGUGCGAGUCUUGAUUAUGCUAGCUCGUACCGCGUCU